UUCGUAAAACGAUGGUAUGUUCAGUUCAGUCUCUUCUUCGGUGUGUAGAAAACAUGUGGCGUGAACAGGUUCGUAGUUGUUAACUUUACUUCUGUGCUCGCAUCUAGGUCAUCGAUCAUUGUUAUCUCGGUCAUUUCACCUUAAUUUCCGCUAUCAGGUACCAAUUGAAAAUAUUCCAAAAUGGGUUUCAUACUGAAGACAUGUCUCAUAAGCUUAUUCAUCACGGUUCACCUCGCAAUGGGCCAGCAAAAAUCUCAGAGAGAAUUGAGUGAAAUUAUACUCUCUUGUCAUAAAGAUGAUCCGAGACUGAACGAAUGUCUGACUCAUUCGGCUAAUCACCUGGCAACCCAGUUCAGACGAGGUAUUCCAGAGUUAGGAAUUGGUGAUGUCGAACCUGUAACAAUCGAUGAAAUUCAUCUGUCUCUCGGAUCUGGACCAAAUGGAUAUAGAGCAACUUUCAGAGAUAUCGAAGCCUACGGCGUUAGUAAUCUAACGGUUAAUUCAGUCAGAUCCGAUUUAAACACGAUGCAAUUCCAGUUGAGUUUCACUAUUCCUAAAAUAUCGACCUUAGCUAAAUAUCGAAGUUCCGGUGUUUUAAUCAUGGUUCAAGCUUCCGGCGGUGGAGAUUACUGGGGAGAAUAUGACGGUGUACGAGCCAAAGUCUACAUCAAAGGAAACACCGUUGCUAGAAAUGGGUACAGAUAUCUCGAAUUGGAAGAUUUGAAAAUGGAUUUCAGCGUACAAGAUAUUCAAAUGGGUAUUAAAAAUGUUCACAAUGGAAAUACAAUUAUUGAGGCUGCUUUGAACUUAUUCAUCAACUCUAAUUCGCAAGAAUUGUUGAAGGAAAUGAAACCAUCGAUUAAAAAGAAAUUAGUUGCUCAAAUGAGACACUUUGUCAGCAAUCUCUUCUCUCAAGUGCCAGUCGACUAUUGGAUCGAAGAAUGAAAAUUUUUCACCGCGUAUUUUCCAAUCGUGUGAAGAUCUGGUCAAUCAAAAACAGAAAAUCGAUGCAUUUGUAAAAUAACUGUUCAGUUAAUACGACGAGUCUGCGUAAUUAUUUGACUUUCGAUACAACAACCUCUUUCAGAAUUUAUUUAUAAGAGUAGACGUACGUAUUACUGAGCAUUAGAAGAAAAUUUGAAAAAUAUAUAUAUAACUUAUCAUGGAUUUUGAAGAAACUUGUAGUGGGAGACUACUCAGAAAAAUUUAGAACCCCUCAGCUGUUCAGGAGGUUGAGCCAAGGGUCCUAAAAGAAGAGUAAUUUUCGACAAAAUCGUGGUUUUUUGUCACUUUCGGGUAAUAUAACAUGUGCAAUCCCUCGGUCAACUCCGUCAAAAGUUGCGAUUCGAGUUCCUUCCUGAACCUCCCUGCCCCAUUAUUAAAUUCAAAAUUCAAAACCACUUUUAGCCUUUUACCCAGCACUAGGAGAUCGACAGUACUCGAAAAUUUCAAUUUUUAAUCAACUUUAAAGCACUUUUCCGGGAUGAAAAAUUUCUUUUUUGAAAACCUACGCUGGAUUCGUGUUCAGCAGGUCAAAAUACCCAGAUUACCACACUUUUCCCAAUCGUUUUGAUCGAACUGUCCAAAUUCAUUUUUUUUAGCUCGAUUUUUUUUUCCUGGAGCAUCCAUUAAAAUGAGUGGAAAAAUAUGAAUUUGGAAAAUUGGAUCGAAACGAUCGCGAAAAGUGGGGUGAUCAGGGUAUUAUAACCCGCCGAACGCGAAUUCAGCGUUGAUUAUUUAUAAAAAUAAUUUUUAAUAGCGAAAAGUGCUGCAAAAAUGACGGGAAAUUGUAUUUUUUGAGAACUGUCAAUCUCCAACUGCUUGGUAGAGGGCUUAAAGUCGUAUUAAAUUUCGAAUUCAAUGGGUUAAAGAGAUUCAAAAACUUUAAUCGCAACUUCAACUCGAGAGUGGCAAAAAACACCAUUUUUUCGAAAAUGAACCUACUUUGAGGACCCCUGACUUAGUCUUCUGAACAGCUGAGGAGUGGGCUCACAGUUUUUAAGGAUAGUCUUCCACUCGCAUUAAAUUUCUAUCCAAUAUCCGUUCAUAUGUUUAGGCAUACUUUGUAAUUGCUCGUAAGUUUUCGUUUCUGUUAAUUUAGUUUUCGUGCACAACUUUCGAUAAAGCCAAUUAUCAACAAUCGUCACCAAAGCUCGAAUUCCAUGCACAUUGAGUGACAAUUAUUUUAUAAAUCUAAAAAAGCUUCAAUUUUGCCUACGUUUAAAGGCGAAUUUUCGUUAUGUUUUUCGUUUCAUUUAGUUUUACUCAUGUAAAUAAUAUGUAAUAAACUGUACAUAUCGAC